CCUUUCAAAGAUGCAGCGUCUCUGCAUUGUGCUCUGUGGGCUUCUCGCUUCCUGCCUCUGUUCUUGGGGUUCCAGAGAGUCUUUUUUAGUGAGUCAGUCUCCAACAACAGUCGAGCUGAGGGAAGGAGAACCAGUUCAGAUCACCUGCAGCUGGAACAUCACCAAUGCAAAAGUGAACUGGUUUAAAGACAAUCAGAGAGUUACAUUUAACCAAACGGACAAAUUUAUACAAACCCACAAGAACAACACCAAAAACAGCUCAACAUUAAUUAUAAAAAAUGCUGAUAUAAGUGAUGCAGGCUUUUAUAUUUGUGAGGUUACAAAAGACAUACCUUAUCUGCUGAAGGUAAACGGAACGGGGACAAAAGUUACAUCCACGACAGAAAAUGACAGUACAACACAACGUGGCACUCAAUCCAGUUCAACCACAGAGCUGCCGAUCACAAUACAGUCACCAGUAUCGAAGCUGGGGGUGUCUGUAUCCGGUGCUGCAAUCAUUCUGCUCAUCUGCAUAGGUCUGAGUGUGUGGCGCAUGAAGAGAGGCUGCAAACAAUCAGAGAGAAUGGUGAUCAGGGAGGGGCCUCCGAGUGAAGGGGACGAGCCAGAAAACAGCGAGGACAACGGGAGCUCAGGAACGUCCAGAGGAUCCACCCAAUGGUAUAUGGUUCCUGUCUACGAGUCCUACUUCGAUCUGCAGAGGUGCGACGAGCAGCAGAGUGCAGACUCAGGCAGUGCAGUGGGUGCUUCAGCUCUAAAAUGAUAACACAGAUAAAGACAAGUAACAGGAAAUAUGGUCGGAAACCUUAGCUGAGCUUGAAAUGACAAAUUGUGCUCAAGAUGUUAAUGUGGCUUUUUGUCAGCAAAAUGUUUGUCAUUUCAAUGGAAUUCACAACGAAGAAUGGUUUUGAGUUACAAAUCCCUUUGAUGAGCUGAACUGUGCAUCGAAUUCAACUUUGCUACCAGGGAAUUUGUUUUGUUAACCAGGACCGUUGACCGUCUUCAUUCAUCUCUUUCAUUCCAAAAUGGUGGAAGCACUUAUUAUUAUUAUUAUUAUUAUUAUUAUUAUGCAGAUGUGGCGGCAUGGUGGUGUAGUGGUUAGCGCUGUUGCCUCACAGCAAGAAGGUCCGGGUUCGAGCCCCGGGGCCGGCGAGGGCCUUUCUGUGUGGCGUUUGCAUGUUCUCCCCGUGUCCGCGUGGGUUUCCUCCGGGUGCUCCGGUUUCCCCCACAGUCCAAAGACAUGCAGGUUAGGUUAACUGGUGAC